AUGCCCUGCCCAUGGUCUUCUCGUCGCUGCUCCUCCCGGGCAGCUGACGACACCGUUGUCUCCAAUGCCCUCCCCUCUCCCAGCACUACAGCCGAUGUCGAGGAAUGGAAGAAGAUCCGCAGAUUCAAUCUUCGCAUGAUGAGGAAGCAGAUCCGCUGCAUCGUCCUGCUCAUGGCUCUUAUGGAAGCCCUCCGGGUUGGGCCAUUACAGAUCGUGUAUGCUGGCAAACAUGAUUAUCCAGCCCCCGCAGAGGAGGACUAUGGUAUUGCCUACACGGUUGGAUACUUCGUCAGCUGGUUGUAUGUCUGUAUCUUCAUGGUCAUCUGGAUGCCGCUUUUCGAUUGGUGGGUUCCAAAAACCCUUCCUGGUUCUGACGACCCUUCCAAACCGUCGAUUGCGAUGAGAAUCAUCUGCCUGCUUAAGAAGCUCAACAUGAUCCUUCUUCCUAUCUCCAUCGGCGUCUCUCUCGUCACAUAUGUCUACUACUUGACGCAUACCUUCAUCUAUGUCGACUCCCGCACCCGCGGUUCCACCCGAUUCCCCAAAAAUACACGCAAAAACUGGUUCGUUCGUGCCUUUAUGCUUCUUGGGAUUGCCAUUAGUACGAGCUUGGGUCAUGGCGCGUUGCAGACACUUGACAAAUUGGACCUCGCACGAGUGAAGAAUGUUGAGUACCUUUUGAUCGUGCUGCCCGUGCAGAUCAACUUUGGUAUCCUCUUGGGAACGGUUAUGCAAUUCCGUAUGGAAAAGAGACUUGCCCGCAGACAGGCGUCGAAGUUGCAGGCUGCGAAAGUCGAGGACGGCAUUGUCGAGGAGAAGGCAGCCCUUCUUGAGGUCUAA